AUGUCUUUUAAUAACAAUAACCAACAAACUCAAUACUUAACAAGAACUUGUUAUCAACCAUCCUCACUGGACCAUAAUAGUUUAAAAAAUUAUCAAUACGCACAACAACAACAACAACAACAACAACAACAACAACAACAACAACAACAACAACAACAACAACAACAACAACAACAACAACAACAACAACAACAACAACAACAACAACAACAACAACAACAACAACAACAAAACAUACAACCACGACCUACCACACAAAAUCUACCACAAACACAACCACAAAGUCCGAGAAACGCUAAUAAUAAUAAUAAUAAUAAUAAUAAUAAUAAUAAUAAUAAUAAUAAUAAUAAUAAUAAUAAUAAUAAUAAUAAUAAUAAUAAUAAUAAUAAUAAUAAUAAUAAUAAUAGUAAUAGUAGUAGUAAUAAUGUAACUUCUUCUUCUUCUUCUUCUUCAACAACAACAGGAUAUCCAAAAGGUAUAUUGGAAUCUCAACCAGGAGUUGGAUCAGGAUGUAGAAAGGAAUCAUGUUUAUUAUGUUCCUUAUCAUCACCAACUUGUCUUUCGCCAAGAUCUUCUUGGUCUACAAUUUUAUGGGAUGCAUUAUCUCAUUCAAAAGUAUUCAAAUCUGGUAUUCAAAAAUUGGGAUGUAAUGGAUUUUGGAAAUUAAAAUGUAUGCAAAAUAAUCCUUGGUCUUGUACAAAACCAGCAGAAUUAGAAGAAGAUAUUAUGGCGACAAGCGAUAAAGAAGAUAAUGAAGAUUCACCAAAAAGAUCUUUGGAUGAUAGCGAUGAUCAUGAAAUUAAUGAAAAUUCCUUAAUUGUUUCAAAGAAACAACGUUUGGAUCAAUCAUCAAAUUCUAUAAAUUCACCAUCUUCACCAAGUAAUUCAAUAGCUCCAAUAACAUCACCAAAUAAUUGUAAUAGUAAUAAUAAUAAUAAUAAUAAUGGAAAUAUUAAUAAUAAUAAUAAUAGUAAUAACAACAACAACAAUAAUAAUAAUAGUAAUAAUAAUAAUAAUAAUAAUAUUAAUAGUUAUAUAAUAUCAAAACAACAGUUAUUUACAGGUGAUAAUAGAUAUGAAGAUUUACAAAACUAUGUACUUCAAGCUAUUAGUGGUAUUCAUAUUAAGAUUAAAGAAAAAGAAAAAGUUGUUUUAGAUGCUUUGGAAGAUUAUAAAUCAACAAUGAAUUCACUUUCAAGUGAAUUGCUUGAAAUUUCUAAAUUUAUAAAAUCACCACCACAACUACAACAACAAUCAUCCUCAAACCAAACUUCUCCAACAACACAAAGUCAAUCUGCAUCACCUAUAACUGAUAUGGUUACCACCACUACUACUACAACCACUGAUGCUACCACAUUUGAAGAAGAAAAAGAAAGAGAUGAAAUUAUGCAAUUUGAACCAAUCAACAAUAAUAUGAGAAUUAUUGAAAAUAUUAAAAAGAGUUUACAUCAAAAUAAUCAAAAUAAUCAAGAUGAUCAUAAUAAUAAUAAUAAUAAUAAUAAUAAUAAUAAUAAUAAUAAUAAUAAUAAUAAUAUCUCCACUGAGAUUGAUAAUAUAAUGGAAAGAUGUGAAAAGCAAUCAUCAAAUAGGAUGUCAGCCUUAUGUUUUGGAGAUUGGAGAGAUCCAAUUCAAUCUCUUGUUUCACCAGAUAAACCAACACAUAAUAAUCCAAGAUCCAAUUUCAGAACUUCAAAUGAAAUACAGUUUGGAGGUAGUCCACCUCCUACAUCUAAUAAUCCUUCACAUCCUCUUUCCAGAAAUUAUAAUGACAAUAUUAAUAUUAAUAAUAAUAAUAAUAACAAUAACAUUAGCAAUAACAAUAUUAGCAAUAAAAAUAACAAUAUCAAUAAUAACACUAGUUUCUCUAAUAGCCACUUUAACCACCACUACCACCACGCCAAUAAUAAUAGCAACAAUAACAAUAACAAUAACAAUAACAUCAACAACAACAACAACAACAACAACAACAACAACAACAACAACAACAACAACAACAACAACAACAACAACAACAACAACAACAACAACAACAACAACAACAACAACAACAACAACAACAACAACAACAACAACAAUAACAUCAACAACUUCAAUCAUUCCACCAACAACAACAACAACAUUAGCAACAACAACAACAACAAUAUAAACAAUAACAAUAACAAUAACAAUAACAUCAACAAUAACAACGAUAACAACAACAACAAUAAUAAUAAUAACAACUUGAAAAAUAUGGUAAACAAGUUUGGUUCAAAUCAUUACCCUUCUGCCUCGACUUUGGCAAAUUUAAAUGGUCAUUCUAAACCUGUGAAAACUUUACAAGAAAUAUCAAAAAAGAUUCAAGAUAUUGAUGAAAGAACAAAUGGUAAAAAUAUCAAUUUUGAUAAUCCAAAUAGCGCAAGGAAUAUGACAAAUAAUUUCAAAGGAAACCAUUUUAAUGAUAAAAAUAAUAAUAAUAAUAAUAAUAAUAAUAAUAAUAAUAAUAAUAAUAAUAAUAAUAAUAAUAAUAAUAAUAAUAAUAAUAAUAAUAAUAAUAUAAAUUGUAAUGAAACAAAUCAUCAAUUAAAGUAUAUUUUAAACAUAUAA